AUGCAGAGGAACGCUUCCGAAUAAGAAUUUCUGCCUCCAUCUAGACGUGGAUGUAGGAAGAAGUAUAACGUUGCAGCUUGAUUCGGUAUGCAUAAUAUGUUAUUCGAUUUUGCUAGUCAUUUUGUAGCCUAGCCUACUAUUUGUGCAGACCUUGUUGAGCGAUGUGACACUUAGCUUGCUAUGUAAAUUGUCUUUCAGGUUAGCAGUCUGUAGAUCAUACAGAAGGAAGUAGCCUACGCUAGCAUUCGACCUAGCUGACAUAUCUGCAGACAGACCUUUUGACAUUUGUCGGGGGUGUUUUGAUUGUGUUAAAACGGCAGAAGAGAACAAGUUGUGAUUUCACACUCAUGAUUUUCCUCCAACCAAAAUCAACCUGGGUAAGCCUGGUUUACGGAUUUGUUGACAAUAGCAAGGUAGCAAUCUGUAGCUAGCCAGCUUUUUACUGUUUCUGGCUUUAUCCUGGCAACUGUUGGUGGAAGACAAGUGGCAGUGAAGCGAACGAAACGUUGGUCAGCUAGGAAAUCAGCGAGAGGCUUCAAGGGUUGCUUGACAGCGCAGCCAUGCUGUACUAGCAAGUUGCACACUUCAGUCUUUCAGUGUGAAAGGCUAUGUGUUCGAACAUAAGAAGCUAGCCAAGUAGCUAUAUUAACGUUGCCCACAUAAAAGUACUGUGCCGUGACAUAUCACGUUAGGUUAAUUGCAGAGCAUACUGUUAAGCGGUCAGUUUAGCUGUAACUUAUAGCAAGCGAGCUAUGAAUGAUUGAAAAACAAUUGAGUGAAUGCAUAUUCCUGUUUACUGAUGUGACGUGGUGCAUUAAUUGGCCAGCACAUAGGAGUUGAGGAGCGCUGGGCUGGCAGAUAACCUACAGUUAAGUUGGGCUGCAAAGGUGGUUGGUGUGAACGAGAAAACGUGUCGUACUUAUGAUUUAAACUGGGAUGUUAAAUUGUUAUGGGAAUUUGAAGUAGCUAACAUUUACGGCUGUGCUGUCCAAGGUAGGUCUGCUGAAGUGCAAGCUAACGUCUGCUUUGUGUGGCUCACACAGGCCACGUCGCUGCUGCUGCUGUUAAGCCUUUCAGGCAGAAGUGUUGGGUUUGUGUGGAUGAUAGCUAGCUUGGUAAGAAACGUACAAAUUAGGUAAUAGUACCUACUACGAGUUUAAGAAAGCUUAUGAUUUGUCGUUUUCCUCAAACCAGACCGUUCUUGUUCAGUUGGCUAAAUGCUAGACAUGGACUGUCUUAUAAUUAAUAUUGUUAGUCUGAUAGCCUAGCUUGCUUGCUAGCUAACGUCAACCGGCCAGCCUGGCGGUCAGUACACGGUUCGUGUAUGCGAAGUAACGUGGUAUUUCCUACUAAUAAAGGGAAGCUAUUUAUUUAUUGAAAACAAAGUAGAAUAAAGGUCUGAAGAUGGUAGGGUUCAGUGCAAAUCGCAGAGGAGGCCGCCUGCCGUCCUUCAUCUUUAUCGCCUUGAUGGUGGUUAUCGUCAUCCUGUCUUUCAACUACUGGAGCGUGUCCAACAAACACGGGCGUCUGCUGGACGAGCUCGCCGAGGUACAGACGCAGGUGAAGCGGACGGACGCGGCGCGCAGCCGCCUGGAGAAGCGGAACUCGGAGCUGAUGGUGCAGGUGGACACGCACAGGAAACAGAUCGAGCAGAAAGAUGGAGACUUCAGCGUGAUGGAAGGCAAACUCCAGACUCGGGAAGCCCUGAUCAAAAAGUGCAGCGAUGAUAAGAUGAAGCUCCAGAAUGACGUCACUACUCAAAGCUCGGAAAUCCAGCGGUUGAAAGAGCAGAUGAAGGAGCUCCGGCAGGAGUUCCUAAAGCAGGAGGACCAGCUCCGAGAGGUGAAGAAGAACAGCACCACCCUGGAGAGGAAGCUGGAGUAUGAGAGCCUGCAGUGCGGCCGGCAGAUUGCCCAGCUGAAGGAGGAGUAUGAGGAGACCAAGCGAACCCUGGAGGCACAGGCAGCGGAGUUGAAGAAGUCGCUGGAGAGCCAGCGGGCGGCGGCUGUGGUAGCCGGUGUGGGGGCAGCGGAAGGGGGCACAGAGGGACAGGCGGGCGGAGAGCGCCACACACAGGCCACCAAGCAGAAGGACGCCGCAGACCUCAAAGAGGAGAUGGGCAAGCUUGGCAGCGACGCGGGCAUGCCUGGCAUCGAGGACAGCGAAGUGGGCAAAAUGGAAGAAGUGCAGUUCGGUCUGAAGAAGCCGGCCAUCACCCAGAAGCAGGCGGCGGACAGCCCGCUGAGGGAGGACCGAGGGGGCAUGGGGGCCGGAGCGGGCCCUGGGCCCGUGCCUGGCGCUGGGGCUGGGGUGGUGGAGGGCGCCGGUGUGGGCAUCUCUCUGGACCGCCCUGAGCUGCCACGAGACGGCGCUCUGGACCUGGAGGCCCGCGGGGUUCUGCUGCAGCAACAGCAGCCGGCGCCACAGGCUCAGGGUGACCGGCCAAUACUGUUCGACGAGGACAACAAAGUCAGGGUGCAGGCCGACGAGCUGGGGGAGCAGAGGAGGCAGCUCAGAGCUCCUGAUAUAGCGCAGGCUAAGGCGCUGGAGGCCAAGGCCAACCUUCCCCUGCCUCCAAACCCGGCCCAAGUGCUGCCCAACCCCAUGGAGCCGCGCCACGCCAGGGACCCCGUGCCCGCAGAGCCCCCCCGCCAUCGCCAGAGCCGCUUCUUUGAUGAGAACGAGUCCCCCGUAGAUCCGCAGCACGGCUCUAAGCUGGCGGACUACAACGGGGACGACGGCAACGUGGGCGAGUAUGAGGCCGACAAGCAGGCCGAGCUCGCUUACAAUGAGGAGGAGGAUGGUGAUGGUGGGGAGGAAGACGUCCAAGAUGAUGAAGAUCGAGACUUGCCUGGUGACAGAGGGGUGGACUACGGCAAACGCCAUCAGGCCAACGAAAUCCUGUAAACGGCUAUUGGGAUGUCUUAUAAGAGCUCAGUCGGACUACUUGAGAAACGGAAGAGAAUGAAACCCCGACAACAUGGCCUCGAUUCACAAGCGGCUUUUUUGAUCUAAUGAUUUCGAGGUGCCAUCUUUAGACAUUUGAUGCAUAUACCUGGGUCAUGGACAGUUAAGACAAUUUUUCUGAGGAGGUGGAAAAUGAAUGGGGGAGGGGCGGGACUUAGAGUUUACUAUUGAAUUAUGGAAGGAGAAAUGACGUGAUGUGUUUUUUUUUUUUUGAUGUGGCAUCAGAAAUGUGAGUAACUUAUUGCCCUUUUUACUUUUUGUCCAUCUCCCUAAAUAGGUAUGAUCCCAAAGUGGUAAUGAUGAUGUACUGUGCAAAUGUGUGUGUAUAUAUGCGAAUAAUAUGUACAUGGGAAAUGUUCUUUUUAUGUUUAUAACAAGAUUUAGUUUGUUUUUGUUUUUGUUUUGAGGGGUGUGAAGGGGCAUUUUAUAUGAAGACUUUCAGCUAAAUAAUGUCAGAGGUACUGAUAUGAGGAACGCUUACAUGGACCUGAGCUUUGGAACACUUACCUGGGACAACUGAUUUUGUCAAGCUCUCCACGCUUACCAUGCUCACAAUGAGGAUUCAGCGAUUCCAUUUUUCUAUGUUACUGUUCCUUAGAAUCUUGGGAUAGAAGUAUGUUUCAUAUUCUGGAACUGAACUCCAAGGAGUUCUACCUGAUUCUUUGUGCCUGCUGGGACCUCAUUGUUGAUUGCCAUGAAGGAGGAUUCAGUAGGAACUUUACAGACUAGUAGAAGAACUCCCAGCUAUGGUCCUGGACGACCACAGCCUCCUCCUCCGCUCGGUCUCUGUUGUGAGGUCUAUGCCUCACUCAGACCGUUGUUGCAUGCAAAUAUAUGGUAGGCUUGGACAUCAAGCCACUAGAAUACGUCAAACUAGCAAUACAUACACACCUAAGUACAGUUUUGAAGGGCGGACUUUAUUUUCGCGUUAAUAGCAGCUGAAGUCUGCACAGAUGAGCAUGACCGUAUAUAUUUGACAAAACACACCUUUUAGGUAUUCCGAGUUUUCUUCCUUGUCAUGUAGAUUAUGGGAGAUAAAUAUGAAUGAACUGUUGGGUUGGGCUGGGUAGGCUGGGCUGGUGUUUGGCAGGGGACAGAGAAGAUGUGAUCAAAGUUUAGACGAAGGAGAAGAGGGUUGGCAACGUGAAUGUAUUCAGCUGUUGUAAUAGUUGAUUCACUUCUAGACAUGAAGCCCUAAACUGGGUGGGUUUUUGUUGGCAAUUAAACAACUGUGCAAUGUAGUUUCUAAUGGUCAGCUUAGUAGAAUAAGACUAUGUGCUCCACCUUUUCCACAGAUUCUUAUUAGGUUACGAUGGCCAUCGAUGCCCUUAUAUCACUGUGAAAGGACCAUAAAAAAGGCUCAUUGACAUACAUUUUAAAAAUCUGCUUGGUGGCAAACAUGGUCUACUUCCCCAAACCAUAUUAAAUUAUCAUCAUCAUCAUCGUCAUCAUUAAAACAAUAAUAAAAUAUUUCCCAUUUUGA